UCCCUAAAUGAAUACCAGACGUUGUACGAAGAAUUCACCGGCUCGCCUCCGUCUCCGCCACUGCCAGCAGACGCCCCGUCUCCGCCACUGCCAAACGAAGACGGCACGGCCCUGUUUCCGGCGGAUUGCGGCGUGACAAACGUUGACCCGUCCGAGGCGAUCGUCGGCGGUGACAACACGACUGCCGCAGCCUGGCCCUGGCAGGUGGUGGUCGUGACCAGGCACGUCAGGUGCGGAGGUGUCCUGGUGUCCGACCGCUGGGUGCUCACAUCGGCCCACUGCAUCGGUCCAGACAUCGUGGUUUACAUCGGACUACAGAAAAUCGUUGAACGUCUUCCGACCCAGGACGGCAUAAAGGUUUCAAAGGCCGUCACCCACCCUCAGUUCAAACUAACGAAUCAAACUGUGGUGAACGACAUCGCCCUUCUGAAACUCUCUGCGCGCUUGAACAUUUCAGACCGAGUCAGGCCCGCGUGCUUACCUUCGCGAGAUGAAGAGUUCACCCAGAAUCCCUUGUGUUUUGUAACGGGAUUCGGUGAAACAGUUCCUGUGACCUCGGCUUUACAAAGUUCAAGGCUAAAACUUCUGAAAAAGCUACACGUGGAGGUGGUUUAUCACCGACUAUGUCGGUAUGUUAUGAAAUUGGUGAAGCACGUCAUCACAGGGAGCCAUCUGUGUGUCAUGAGUGUGGCUGAAGGGGGGAGCUCCUGCAACGGAGACUCCGGAGGUCCGCUGAGUUGCAAGGUCAACGGGCGCUAUUAUGUAGCAGGUGUCACCAGCUACGUGAUUGACAACUGUCUUGGGGUCAUGCCGAUGGUGUUUACAAGGGUGGCUCACUAUAAGGACUGGUUAAUACAGGAGUUGCGACGGAACUGA